AAUGAUGAUACGGAUGAUGAUGAUGAUGAUGAUUUGGAUGAUGAUCAGGAUGAUGAUGCUUCAGAUAAUGAUUUGGAUGAUGAGGAUGAUAAUUCUAAUGAUGAAGAUGAUGAUGUUAUUAAGGAUGAUGAUGAUGAUGAUGAUGAUGAUUUGGAUGACGAUGAUGAUGGUGAUUUGGAUGAUCAUUCGGAUGAUGAUGAUUUUGAUGAUGAUGAUUCGCUUGAUGAUUCUCAAGAUAAUAAUUAUUAUUAUUAUGAUUAUAAUGAUGUGGAUGAUGUUGAAGAUGAUGAACUUGACGAUGUUGACGAUGUUUCGGAUGAUGAUGAUGAUGAUUUGUAUGAUGAUGAUGAUGAUUUGGAUGAUGAGAGUUUUGAUUCGAUUGAUGAUGAUGAUGAUUUGGAUGAUCAUAAUGAUGAUUUGAGUGAAGAUUAUGAUGUUGACAAUGAUGAUAAAAAUGAUGAUUCGGAGGACGAUGAUGAUGAUGAUUAG